GGCGCUGCUGCGGCUCCUGCUGCCCCACAACCGGCUGCUGUCGCUGCCGCGGGCGCUGGGCAGCGGCUUCCCGCACCUCCAGCUGCUGGACGUGAGCGGCAACGCGUUGACCGCGCUGGGGCCCGAGCUGCUCGCGCUGAGCGGCCUGCGCACGCUGCUGGCCAGGAACAACCGGCUGGGCGGCCCGGGCGCGCUGCCCAAAGGCCUGAACCAGUCGCCGCUCAGCCGCAGCCUCCAGGUGCUCAACCUCAGCGGCAACUGCUUCCAGGAAGUGCCCGCCUCGCUGCUGGGGCUGCGCGCGCUGCAGACCCUCAGCCUGGGCGGCAACCAGCUGCAGAGCAUCCCGGCCGAGAUCGAGAACUUGCGGAGUUUAGAGUGUCUAUAUCUUGGAGGAAACUUCAUCAAAGAAAUCCCACCAGAAUUAGCAAAUCUUCCAUCUCUGAAUUACUUGGUAUUAUGUGACAACAAGAUCCAAAGUGUGCCUCCUCAGCUUUCACAGUUACAUUCACUUCGUUCCCUCAGUCUCCACAAUAACUUGCUGACAUACCUGCCUCGAGAGAUCCUCAACCUAAUUCAUUUGGAAGAGUUGAGCUUACGAGGAAAUCCAUUGGUUGUUCGUUUUGUUAGAGAUUUAACCUAUAACCCUCCAACUCUCCUGGAAUUAGCUGCACGGACCAUUAAGAUGCGAAAUAUUUCCUACACUCCAUAUGAUCUUCCUGGGAAUCUUCUUAAAUACUUGAGUUCAGCCAGCAAUUGCCCAAACCCAAAGUGUGGUGGAGUCUACUUCGACUGUUGUGUCAGACAAAUUAAAUUUGUGGACUUCUGUGGAAAGUACCGCCUCCCGUUGAUGCACUACUUAUGUUCGCCAGAAUGCUCCUCCCCCUGCAGCUCUGCCUCUCACAGCUCCACGUCCCAGAGCGAGUCUGACUCGGAAGACGAGGCUAGUGUGGCUGCACACAGGAUGCAGAAAGUUCUUCUCGGUUGAACAGAAGUGCAGGGCGUUGUGAAAUGCUAAAAAAACUGAGCAGAUUAUGAAAGGAUAUAGAACUUGAAGUUGGUUAUGUUCAUCUGGAGUGACCGUGUAAGAGCUGGUGAUGUUAAGUUUCAUCUACCAUUCAGCAGAAAUGAAUUCAUCUCCAUGUUUGGAUUCUUUUACUAUAACUUGCUCUGGCAGUUCUAAUUAUGAUUGGUUAUUUGCAGUUUCACUUGAGUUUUACAUGAAUCACCCAGCAGAACGGAACAUUCUGAAGAGUGUUAUACUAGGCUGUGAGUACUGUAACUUGCAGUGAUUGAGAUGAAGAAAGAAAUUAUCAGAGCUGUAAUUAACAGAGCUGUCAGCGGGUUUUGAUUGAACACUAUAUCAUUCAUAACAGGAUUGACUCUCUCCAUGUAGUGCCCAUAUGUUUAGAUGAUAGACCUCUUCAUAUAUGCUUGCAGAUGGUUACAUAGGACCUAAACCUUUCUGACCAGCUAACUGGUAAAGUAAGGAGUGUAACUUUUAAAUGGGAUAUUUAACUUUUCUGUUCCUCUUUGUUCUAUCUGAUUGUUAAUAACUUUAAUCCAGCAAUGACUGUAACAGUGCCUUAAUGCUAGAAGUGUUAUAGAAGCUUAUUCAAGAAGAAGUGCCAGUGCCAGGCGUGGUGCACGCCUGUAAUCCCAGCACUCUGGAGGCUGAGGCAGGAGGAUCACUGAGUUCGAGGCCAGCCUGGGCUAC